AGGCGGUCUCCCUCAUCUUCCCGUGGUCAUAAUAGUGAGUGUCCAGGUGUCCAGAGCAAGACACCUGACCCUCUGCUCCUGACGAGCUGGCUGUCGCCCUGCAUGGUGGACACCGCCGUGAAAAGUGGAAUGUGUGCAUGAAUGGGUCAGGUGAACCUGAGGCAGUUUGUAAGGCGCGUGGAGUUGCCACUGGUUGGAGCAGCGCUGUAUAAACGCAGUCCAUUUAGUCAAUUUACCAGAAGAGGGAAAGCGAGGAGUUGGUAUGAGAGAGGUGAGCGCUAUUCGCAGAGCUCCGUUUUUUUCACUCCAGAGCUCCUCCUCCUCCUCCUCCUCCUCCACUGGAGUCAGAGAGGGGUAGGACUGUCACAGGGCUCCUCCUCCUCUUCCUCCUCCUCCUCGCCCUCCUCCUCCUCCUCCACCUCCUCCAGCGGAGUCAGAGAGGACGGUAGGACUGUCACAUUUGCUGCUGCUGGUGCUGCUCAAUGACAGCAAGACGAGGGCGCAGGAGCAGAUCCCUCGUGUUUCGACCGGUUUUCUCGCUUCCCCUGAAGAUCAGGAUAAUAUGAAGACACCAUUCGGAAGGCCUGACCCCGGGAAGAACCCGCAAUCCUUCCAACUGAUUUGAAGCAGAGAACGGCGCCAUGCACUGUCUCCGAUAAACCAAAAAGACCUUCCCUGCUCCCCCCCCCCCUACUCCCUUGUCCCACCUCCUCACCCCUCUCCCCCCUCUCGCUCUCCUCUCUCUCUCUUUCUCUCUCUCUCUCUCUCUCUCUCCGCUCGGCUCUUCCCAGAGCGUGGGAAACGGAAUACCGCACCACCACAACCACCACCACCACCACCACCACCACCACGGCGACAUGGCUUCGGACCAAGUGUGCGUGGACUCCCUGGAGUGCCGGGCCCUGCCCGGCGCUGCCGCCAUCGCCACCUACAAGGGGCGCCAGAAGCUGCGCAGGAAGCUGAGGCCCGUGCGGAUCCUGGUGUUCGUGGUGGGCCUGGUCGCCAUCAGCGCCGUCUCCUUCUCCUACAGUGCCUUGAGGUGGACGUCGGCGGCGGGGGGCCCCGGGGCCCUGGCGGCCGGGCCCCUGGAGGCGGCGGGGGCCCCCCCCCACCGGACGCUGCUGUCCACCCAGCUGCAGCGGGACCUCAACGUGUCGGGCGACAGCGCGGUGGCCAUGAAGUCGGCGGCGGACGGGAACCACAGCCAGGGCGAGUACCCCACGGACCUGUUCACGCUGGAGGAGCGGCGGCAGGGGGCCGUCGUGCUGCACGUCUUCGGCAUGCUCUACAUGUUCAUCGCCCUGGCCAUCGUGUGCGACGAGUUCUUCGUGCCGGCGCUCACCGUCAUCACGGAGAAGCUGUCCAUCUCGGACGACGUGGCGGGCGCCACCUUCAUGGCGGCGGGCGGCUCGGCGCCGGAGCUGUUCACGUCCAUCAUCGGCGUGUUCAUCUCGCACAGCAACGUGGGCAUCGGCACCAUCGUGGGCUCGGCCGUCUUCAACAUCCUGUUCGUCAUCGGCAUGUGCGCCAUCUUCUCCAAGGAGAUCCUGAACCUGACGUGGUGGCCGCUGUUCCGCGACGUGUCCUUCUACAUCGUGGACCUCAUCAUGCUCAUCGUCUUCUUCCUGGACAACCUGAUCACCAUGUGGGAGAGCGUGGCCCUGCUCUCGGGCUACGCCUGCUACGUCAUCUUCAUGAAGUGCAACAGCUCGGUCGAGGGCUUCGUCAAGGGCUGCAUGAGCAAGAACCAGGUGGUGGAAGUGGAGGUGCAGCCAAAGGCCAGGCCCCGGCUCCAGAGAGGUGGAAGCUCCGCCUCCCUGCAUAACAGCCUGAUGAGGAACAGCAUCUUCCAGCUGAUGAUUCACACCCUGGACCCUCUCAGCGAAGAAUUUGCUGACUCUGGUGAGUGUACUUAUCACAUUUAUGUACCCCCCCCGCCCCCCUCGCCCUCUGCGUUUUUCGGUGUCCUGUAA